AACGCAUCACCAGCAUCGAUUACAUCGAUUCCCCUCAUACCGCACGGAGCUCACUGGCAACAACAGCAUUAGAUUCAGGAGCGUGUGUGAGUGGAAAUAAAAAAAAAAAAAAAGAUGACCAUUAGAAACGCUCUUCGGGAUCAUGGACAGAGAUAUCGACCUCGGAUGGCUUGUCUCAAGAAGGCAGAGAAGGUGCUGUUGGAGAUGCAGGACCCCUGCACAGGAGUGAAGUCGCAGCCUCAGAGACUCGUUAUCACCAUCAUACCCCAUGCUAUCACUGGUGAAGAUAUAAUUGCAUGGUUAGCUGACAGAUUUCAAAUAGAUGCCCAAGAGGCCAGAAGCUUUGGGUCCAUGCUGGUGGCCUUGGGAUACAUCUACCCGUUGCAGGAUCACAAACGUUUAGUGAUCAAACCAGACGCUUCCCUCUAUCGCUUCCAGACGCCAUAUUUCUGGCCCACUCAACAGUGGCCUGUUGAGGAUACAGAUUAUGCAAUCUAUCUAGCAAAAAGAAACAUCCGGAAGAAAGGAAUCCUGGAGCUGCAUGAGCAGGAGCAGUACAACCAUCUUCACAAGUGGAUGAACCACAAGUGGGACUUCGUAGUAAUGCAAGCUAAAGAACAGUAUAGAGCAGCAAAAGAGAGGAAGAAACCGGACCGAGUGGUGUUUGACUGCCAGGAAAGAGCCUACUGGGUUGUACACAGACCUCCGCCAGGGACUGUGAGUGCCAUGGACUACGGGCUGGAUCGAAGAACAGAUCCUAAUACAGACGAGACACAAACACCUGACCAUUAUGAGAGAAUUAUGAUCUUCACCCAGCAGUCCAUCAUGAGGCCCAGAGUGAAGUCAUCAGUGUCCAUCGGCGCACUGGUGAAGUACAGCGCCACCUAUAGCGGUCACGAUCCUUUUCUCUCCAAGUGUCUUCCCAGCAACCCAUGGCUUACUGACGAUACAACAUAUUGGACCUUGAACAUGUCUAACGUGGAAAUACCCACCAAGAUGCGUGUCGAGAGGUGGACAUUCAGCUUCAAAGAGCUUCUCUCAGAUCCUCGAGGACGAGAUGAUUUCAGACUCUUCUUGAAGAAAGAAUUCAGUGGAGAGAACUUGGCAUUCUGGGAAGGCUGUGAAGAUCUGAAGUGGGGAACUGCUGUCGCGAUGAGAGAGAAAGCAGAGCAGAUCUACAAGACAUUUUUGGCACGUGGCGCCCCGCGAUGGAUCAAUAUUGAUGGGAAAACAAUGGAAAUCACAGUGAAGGGGUUGAAGCACCCACACAGAUACGUUCUGGACGCAGCCCAAACUCACAUCUACAUGCUAAUGAAGAAGGACUCAUAUGGGCGGUACCUAAAGUCUCCUGUGUUUAAAGAAACAUUAAAGAAAGCCGUCUGUCCCGAAGAGCACAGAUUCAAUGAAGUCCAGUUGGAGCAGAAUGCCAGGAACAGACGGCCCAGUCUUAGCCCCAUCAUCAUCCGCCAGCAGGAGCAGGAGCAAAGGGCCAAGAUGGCCGCCAACGCCCCAGUUGACAUUACACAGGUCAUGAGCAAACUCAGCAAGCAGGGCAAGGAGAUGGGUCCUCGUCAUUCCAAGUGAAAACACCUCAAGUUCAGCAACAGACAUGAUUAGCAUUUAUGUUUUUUUCACUUGUUGCAGAGGUUUAGUUUGACAUUAAAUUAGUACUUUAAUAAAUAUUCAUUUUGAUCUCAAAAUGAAGGAAAAUGUGAAGCUGUAGACCAAAUUUAAUGUGACUUAUGUUCAAAAAUGUUAGUUGUACAAAACCUUAAAAAUAAUAAAAUAAUAGAAAUAGUAAUAUAUUUUUGCUAAGCCUCCUAGUGACAUAUACUGAGCAACACUGAAAAUGUUUUUUUUUGUGAGCAAUCCAGUUUUAAUCAAACUCAGAUGAAAAGUUACACUUGUUAAAUUAGUUUUAUUAUGCUAUUAUGCUGCUAUAUAUAUUGAGUAACAACAAGCAUAGGACCAAAAUCUAUUGUCUUAUCAGUCAAAGCUGCCAUUGUUUCUCAUAAAGUGUCCAUCUUUUUCUGUUGUUGUUCUGUAGUGCUGCUCUCUGUCUUUUUUUGUCAUCAGUCAUAAGUGAAUAAAUCAAAAUCACCUCA